CGCGGCGCGGCCCGCGGGCAGUCGGGAGCGGGCGGAGCCGGCGGAGGACCGGAGGCCGCUGCUGGAGACUGCACGGGCGGUCUGGCGGCCUGGGGACACCUUUGUUUUUGUGAGCUGCCCUUCAACACCAGAGGCUUUUGAGCUUGGUGACUGUGACUGCCCUUCCUGGUACUUGAGGGACAGCAUUGCCCAGGAUGCAGGUUCUUGUCAGUCCUUAGGCCUCGCAUAUGUGACAUCGAUCCUGAAGCACCUGCUGGAGCAGGUGCACAGCGUAUUCCUCACUCUUACUUGAUGAAGAAUGGGGGAGAUAGAAGGAACAUACCGAACCCUACAGACCCCAGGGGCACGCCUUGGAGCCCAGCCCCUCGCAGGAGUGAGCACCCUGGAGCCCGGGCAGGCUCCUUCGGCAGGGAUGGCGCAGAUGGCAGCUAGAAUGCAAGAGAAGCGCUUUCCUCUCCGAGUAAAGCUGCUGGACAACUCUGUGGAAAUGUUCGACAUUGAGCCUAAAUGUGAUGGCCAAGUUUUACUGACACAAGUGUGGAGGCGUUUGAAUCUGAUAGAAUGUGACUACUUCGGGUUGGAGUUUCAAAACAUCCCAUCCUACUGGAUUUGGCUUGAACCUAUGAAACCCAUCAGUAGGCAAGUACGAAGGCCAAAGAAUGCAAUGCUUCGCCUAGCAGUAAAAUUUUUUCCACCCGAUCCGGGUCAGUUGCAGGAGGAAUACACACGAUACUUGUUUGCCUUGCAACUUAAGAGAGACCUGUUGGAAGAACGGCUGACCUGCACAGACACCACAGCGGCCCUCCUCACGUCCCAUCUUCUACAGUCGGAAAUAGGAGAUUAUGAUGAAACCCUGGAUCGCGAGCACCUCAAAGUCAACAAGUACCUGCCCCAUCAGGAGUGUUCUCUAGAGAAGAUACUAGAAUUUCAUCGGAAGCACAUGGGCCAGACGCCGGCCGAGUCAGAUUUCCAGGUGCUCGAGGUCGCACGGAAGUUGGAAAUGUAUGGCAUCAGGUUUCACAAGGCUUCUGACAGGGAAGGAGCCAAGAUUAACCUGGCUGUGUCCCACAUGGGCGUCCUCGUGUUCCAGUGCACCACCAAAAUCAACACCUUCAACUGGUCCCGGGUCCGGAAACUCAGCUUCAAGAGGAAAAGGUUCCUUAUCAAGCUCCACCCAGAAGUUCAUGGACCUUACCAGGACACACUGGAGUUCUUGUUGGGUAGCAGAGAUGAAUGUAAAAACUUCUGGAAGAUCUGUGUGGAGUAUCAUACCUUCUUUAGACUCUUUGAUCAACCGAAGCCAAAGGCUAAGGCCGUCCUCUUCAGCAGGGGCUCCUCCUUCAGAUACAGUGGAAGAACUCAGAAACAACUAGUAGAUUAUGUCAAAGACGGUGUGAUGACAAGAACUUCAUAUGAAAGAAGACACAGCAGGACGCGGAUGUCGGGCCGCGCUCCGAGUACAGAAUUGCCAAAGCAGAGCAUCUCCUUCACUGAGGGCAUGAGGACUUCUGCAUCCCCAUCAACACAUGCCUCCUUCUAUUCAGUCCCUACCUCCCCAGUUGCCCUUCCUGGCCAGCCCAAUAUCAAGGACAGCAUCAUCUCCCUGAUGGAGCCCCAGGCUCCCCACACCAAGAGGCCGGCUGCAGAGAGGGGCUGCGAAGCCAUGGAAGGACCCGACAUGAGACAGGCCCAGCCCCCAGGGCCCGCUGCGCUCCAGCCUUGUCAAGGCCUUCCCAAGGACAGUCCUCAGCCUUCUCCCUCCACCCGGAAGAGCCCACUGAGCCUGAGCCCUGUGCUUCAGGUGACGCUGGGCCCAGCCGAGCGGGGCUCGUCCCCACUCCUGAGCCCUGUCCUUAGCGACGCCGGCGGAACCAGGAUGGACGAGGAGGAGGAGCCGAAACACAAGGGCCCGGGCGCCGACGAGGCCUACUUCAUAGCGAAGGAGAUUCUCGCCACGGAACGCACGUACCUGAAGGACUUAGAGGUUAUCACUGUGUGGUUCCGCAGCACCGUGGUCAAGGAGGACGCCAUGCCUGCAGACCUGAUGACGCUGCUCUUCUCCAACAUCGACCCCAUCUACGAGUUCCACAGGGGCUUCCUGUGUGAGGUGGAGCAGAGGCUGGCACUCUGGGAAGGACCUUCCGGGGCCCAGGCCGCAGGCAGCCACCAGCGAAUCGGGGACGUCCUGCUCCGGAACAUGCACCAGUUAAAGCAGUUCACCGGCUGCUUCCAACGGCACGACGAGGUGCUGACAGAACUGGAAAAGGCCACCAAACGCUCCAGGAAGCUGGAGACCGUGUACAAAGAGUUCGAGCUCCAGAAAGUCUGCUACUUGCCUCUCAACACGUUCUUGCUGAAGCCCAUCCAGCGACUGGUGCACUACCGCCUGCUGCUGCAGCGGCUGUGCGGGCACUACGCACCUGGGCACCAGGACUACGCCGACUGCCGCGAUGCCCUCCAGGUCAUCACGGAAGUGACCUCCAUACUACAGCACAGCCUCGUCCGCCUGGAGAACCUCCAGAAGCUGACGGAGCUGCAGCGGGACUUGGUUGGCAUAGAGAACCUCAUCGCUCCAGGCAGGGAGUUCAUCCGUGAGGGCUGCCUUCACAAGCUCACCAGGAAGGGCCUGCAGCAGAGAAUGUUCUUUCUGUUCUCAGAUAUGUUGCUGUACACAAGCAGAGGAGUCUCGGGAACCAGCCACUUCCGGAUCCGGGGUCUCCUCCCGCUUCAUGGCAUGCUGCUAAUAGUACUGGACCCACCGGUAGAAGCAAGCAAGAGUGAGUGGUCCGUUCCACACUGUUUUACUAUUUAUGCAGCUCAAAAAACAAUCGUGGUGGCAGCCAGCACUCGGCUGGAAAAGGAGAAGUGGAUGCAUGACCUGAACAACGCCAUUGAAGCGGCCAAGAGCAGUGGCAACACAACUCUGGCUCUGCCAGGCGGCGCAGUGUGCAUUCCUCCCCGCAGACCUUCCGAUGAAGUCUCUGUGGAGCAGGAGUCAGAAGAUGAUGCACACGGUACCCACAGCUCCUCGGAGGGGCAGGGCCAGCACCGGGCCAACACCACGGUGCAUGUGUGCUGGUACCGGAACACCAGUGUCUCCAGAGCCGACCACAGCGCAGCCGUUGAGAACCAGCUUUCAGGCUAUCUGCUAAGAAAGUUCAAAAACAGUAAUGGCUGGCAGAAGCUCUGGGUGGUCUUCACCAAUUUCUGCUUGUUCUUCUACAAAACACAUCAGGGUCCAUGACAACCAGCUCCAUCCAACCUCCUUCCCUCGAAUUCCAGGCUUCUGCCCUGUCCAGACGCCCCCGCCUUCCUCGGGAAGACUCUGCUGUAUCCUGUCCCCCUCCCUGGAUUCCAGGUGCUGCCUUCACUCCGGGGUAGAAAGUGGUCACUCUGAGGGUAGAAAGUGGUCACUCUCGGCUGCAUCAUACUCCCAUCGGCAGGUGACACAGAUACAGGGUCAAUUGCCAUGAAGCAAGAACUACAUCUCAGGAUGCUUCUGGUCACCCUGUAUGUUUGUAGUUCAAAGCCAUUCUGGGGCCCCCAGCAGGGCAAGGGCAGGCACGGGGACUUGAGAGGACCAUGUCAGGGCAGUCAGUCUCAGCUGUUCCCUGUCCUGCUGCAACAAAGCCUGGCCAACAGUUAGACCACUGUCAACUCCAAGGGACCUGGAACCCUGUAUAUUGGGCACUGCAGCCCCAUGCCCCACAGAACCCCCAGCCUAGCCCUCACCUCUCCAAAGACAGGCCGGACCAGCGUGGACAGGCACUGGGACCGCGGCUGCCUCUUGACGGGCUCCACAGACUGCAAAAGCAAGGCCACAGCGAGGUGAACAGGGCAGAGGCAAGUGGGUGCUCAGGGCAGGUGUGCUCCACCCUGGCCCCGUUCCCAGCCUCCUUGAGAUGCAGAAUGUGAGAAGCACAAGGUACCCUCCCAGCACAUGCAGGUCCGGGGCCUGGGGGCCCGCACCUUCUGGGGGCCGUGCAGGGCCGUCCCCUUGUGCAGCUUGCUGUGUGGGCUCGGCCGGAUGGUUGGAGGGAACGUCCAGAUGGGGCCCUGUUCUCCGUCCUCAGCAUCUCCAUCACUGCAGAGGAGAAUGAAGUCAAGAGUGCCCUGAGGGCCAGGAUUCAGGGAGAUCCCAAGCACCCCCCUCCCCACUACUUUCUGAGGCAUCCUCACGGCCCUAAAUGCUGGGUAGGGGCCUUGCUCAGGCUGCAGGGGCCAGGUGGCCACCAAGUUCCUCAGAAACCAGCACCCAAGCUCCUGCCCUGGAGCAGGGACCCCUCGCACGUCACAGCCCAGAGCAGAAGCCCUGCACGACAAGCAGACCUACAUGUCCGAGUCCUCAGAGCUGGACUCCUCGCCGUGCCCCUCAGACUUCCAGCGCUUGUAGCGGUCAAUGAGCUCUGUCAGGAAGGAGGUCUUCCUGGUAUAUCGCGUGAUGAACUUGUGCUUCAGGAGCUCUUUGGCGGUGGGCCGCUGCAGGGGAGUGGGCAGGCAUCACAGGGUGAGGGAUGGCUGGGCUCGUCCUUCAAACUCCUGGUGCCCAGACUCCAGCCAGCCAGGCUGGGAACGGGCCUAGCAUAAGCUCUGACAGGACCCAGUGAGGGGUUCCGGGGGAGAGGGGGGGACCAGGAAGCUGGGACUGGGCUCCACUAUCUGCCCCAGGCCAAAACCCUCCAAGAGCUUCCCCAGACCCUGAACAAGGAGGGGCCUAGGGCCCUGUCACCUCCCAUUUCCCACCACAGACCUUCCCCGAGGACUGGAUUGGUCCCAGCCCACCCCAUGUAGCCAGGGGCCUGAAGGCUUACGAAGCGGGGGUCCUUGUUAAGGCAGGCCUCCACAAACUCCUUGAAAGGCUUGCUGUGGUGGCCCUCCAGCGUGGGCGGGCUGUUCUUGGGGAUCAGGAACAGGACACGCAUGGGGUGGAGGUCAGAGUUCGGAGGCUCACCCUUGGCCAGCUCGAUGGCUGUGAUCCCCAGCGACCAAAUGUCGGCCUGGACAGAGCCACAAAGAACAGUUGCCACCAGAGGCACCCUGAGCCCUGCUGCAGCCACCCUCAUGCCUGCCGUGCCCACCUUGAAGUCAUAGGCUGACUGCUUGAUGACUUCGGGUGCCAUCCAGAAGGGGGUGCCCACAAAUGUGUUCCUCUUGAUCUGUGUGUCCGUGAGCUGCCCCGCCACCCCGAAGUCUGCCAGCUUCACGUCACCUUGCUCUGAGAGCAGCACGUUGGCAGCUGCUCAACACAGGACGGCAGGGCGUCACCUUUUAAGCCAUGCAGACCCCCACCCUAUGUGCAGCUGCAAAAGAAGUGCCUGCUGGCAGCCUCCUGGCCUCCUGGGACACCAGCAGAGCCGUCCCUGGGACCUCAUCUUGUCUCUCCUCCACCCAGCAGGCUAGAGAUGGAGCAGAUCUGUCCACCCUCAGACCCAAGGCCACAGGGCAGUGCCAGCAAGCCAGGGGCCCACCCUGUGCAGCCCCCCAGCCCCAGCUCCGGGACCCCGCUUUAGUUUGCCUUUUAUGACAGAUCCC